AUUUAUGGACACGAACGCCUUCCUCAAUUGCCCCCUCUGUCCCCGCACGUUUGGUGUUAUUUCUGCUUAUGCCACAGCCAUUUUCACCUCAUCACACCGCCACAGUGUGCACCACACGAGGUGUAUCCCUUUCGCCCAGUUGUCCUGUUUAUUUUGUACAUGUUCAGCCCCGCCCUGCAGACGCGCCGAUACCACGCAGUUGCGUAAUUUGACAAGCCAGCGCAAAAUAGGGAGAAUGGACGUUUGACAGCCGCCGCUUUGCCUGUGCAGAUUGUUUCGAAACAAAAUAAUACCUAUGCUUAAUUUAUUUGUUAAAGAUUUCGGAUAGUUAGAUAGCACCUCCGCUUUUAUGGCCGCUGCCGUGAGGAAUAAUGUUUGGGUUGCUCCGGGGCAGGACGCGCAGUUUCUCCACAAAACCACCGCACCACUGACAGCCGACGGUCUGAGAGGUGAAGAUCAUGGACAAGUGCGCUGCAACACGAGGGACGCCAUCCCGGGAACUUCAUCUUUUCAUGAUUACAAUUUGGGUAAAUCAGAGAUGGACAGCUACCUGUCUCCGCACCCGCAGGACAUAGCAAAUUCCAAAAUGCUGUGCAGGGAUGGCGCUCUGAUGCUAGAGCCGCCCUUCACCGAGGACUUCGCCUCCCCUUACAGUGUCAACAUGAGCCUGCUCCUCCCUGACGUCACAUACCUGCACCCUGGUCUCUGCAGGGCUAUGAGACAGAUUAAAACAGAGUCGACACACUCCCUGAUGCACCCCACCUGUCAGGGCAGCGGAGUGCCACCAGCACUCCCAGGCGUUUUCAGCGCAGCUGACACAGCAAGUGGCAACUUUUUCAUCAAACAGGAAGUGCCGGAUUUCCAGGAUGUUCCCCUGUUUCAGCUUUUGAACUCUGAUUUGGAGCAGCUCGUUCAUGGAUCGCAGCUGAACUCCAUCCCCAUGGCCCCCUUAAGUCUUCCAAGUGGGAAUGUCCACGUAGGCCCAGUGCAGAAUUCUGCUAAACCCACAAGCAGUCCUCAGAGCGAAUGUUUUCAAUUCAAUCAACACUUAGGCCAUCAGCAAAGACCAACCUAUUUGCCACCUUCUCCGCCAAACUCUGAGCCCCCGAGUCCAGACAGGGGGAAGGAGCUCUUUCACAAUCUGUCCCCGCCACCCUCUUAUGAAGCCAGCAUCGCCUCCAAAUUAACUUUUCAGACCCGUAACCCCAUUGAUCCAGGACAGACUUCCAGUGUAGCACCAAUCCAAACUCCAGACCAAAAUUCCAGCGUUGGAUUGAUCAAAAGCCCAGGUGCUGGACCAGUCCAGCGUUCAAGCCUGACACCAGUUCCGACGACGCCGGGCGUUGGCCCGCUGUCCCCAGUGUUGGCCCAGUCAGCUCCGGUCAAAUACAAUCGAAGGAAUAACCCUGAUCUGGAGAGACGGCGGAUUCACCACUGUGAUGUCCCAGGAUGCAAGAAAGUAUACACCAAGUCUUCUCAUUUAAAAGCCCAUCUACGGACCCACACAGGAGAGAAGCCUUACCAGUGCUCCUGGGAGGGAUGUGAGUGGCGCUUCGCGCGUUCUGAUGAGCUGACCCGCCAUUUCAGGAAACACACUGGGGCGAAGCCUUUCCAGUGUGGAGUAUGUAACCGCUGUUUCUCCCGCUCUGACCACCUGGCCCUACACAUGAAGAGACACCAGCGCUAGAGACACACCUCCUGCAAAUCAAGUCAAUCUUUUCUGUUUUUUGUUUUUUUCAGUCAAUCUUUUUGUUUUUCGUGGACAAAGAACUAGCACUUACAUAUCAGCAAACAGACAAAUUAAAAACUGUGGGUUAUUCCACUCCCUUCCCAGUGGAGAUAUUCUUAGCAGUGGCCCACAUGUAAUUGUUUCUUUUAUUGUAAAAAGAUUAAAUAUUACUGUUGCCUUAUUUUAUUUCCAAAUUUGUGCCCCGGUAUUGGGGGGGGGCAUUUCCCAAGGUGUCAGUCAAAAGUCAUUAGGCAAUGUAAUGAUGGAAUAAUAUUUAAUCUUUUAUUUUCAUUUGAUUAUGUUGCUAAGUACAGGAACAACAUGUCAGGAAAUAUCAAUCUCUCAUUUUCAAGGUUUUCAGUGUACAGAUUAUAUCUAUAAUGUGUUAUAUGGGCAAUUGUUUGAUUAACUUAAUUAGCAAACUGCCAUACUGUAAGUGCUUAGGUAGAUCAAGUGUUGUUAUGAAGUGGGAGGUCAAAGGAUGUGUUGUUUUGGCCAGAGGGUAAAAGGACUGAGUGUGUGUAACAUUGAAAGUAACAUAUCGGUUAGUUCAAGUUGUACUUAGACAAGUUGUGGAUUUCAUAAAAGACACAGUAGGAAGACACGAAGAGAAAAUGAAUAUUGGGAUGAGUACUGUCUGCAAGCUGGUGAGCCAUGCGGUGAGCGCGGUGCUUACAGCUUGACUUCAACACUGCCAGAGUCAUUGGAUGCUUUGUGGCUGAGGAUAACUUUGCUUAAAGUAAAACGAAAUCUGUAUUGAUCUGAAAUGAAAGGAAGAAAAUGGUUAUGGGAUGUGAGGAUUUUAAUCAUAUUCCUUUGGACUGCAUUGUGAAAGUUGUUAUGAUAGACAAGUUGACACUCGUUCAUCUUAAUUUUGCUCUGGCUGCAAAUCAUGUGUCCCAGCAUUAGAUAUUUUGUUCUGCUCAUAACAGGAAUACAACAUUAUAUCACCGAUGAUCUGUCUUCCGACGUGGUUUCAAAGUGGUGUCUGAGUUUGAGAUUUUUUUUUUUUUUUUAGACUUAGCCUAAGCACCUGCCAGUCUGAACAUCUGUGAAAGCUUUUGGUUUCUUUCACCACUAUCCAUGUAUUCAAAUACCUUUUGAAAGUGCCUUUAACUGCUUUUUUUGGAUGAAUGAGAAGCAAUGCUGCCCCGUGGGGACAAUGUUCUUUUAUCAGGUACUCUACUCUGCCAAAAUGAUUCUGUAUGUUGGCUGCCCCUCCUUAUUUCCACAAUACAUAAAUUUCUAUUUAUGACCAAAUUUAUUCAUAAUUUGAGUCCGGUUGAACAAAAUUGCUUUUUGAAGUUUCUAUAAUUUUUUAAGAUGUAUAUAUUUUGUGUCUGCUGUUUGAGGAUACAAUCCAUUGAUUGUUUUUGGGUGUAUAAAGAUUUUAAACUUUGUUUUAAAUUGCAGAGACUGUUUAUUUUUAUUUUUCUUGGCAAAGUCUAAGAAGGAUCAAAUUCUAGAAUACUGUCACAGUCUACACUGUCAUCACUCUCUCCAGCCAAAGUAGCAGCUCAGUGGAGUAUAUGCUAGUGAAUUAUUGCAAUACUUUUAAACUAUAUAUAUAUAUACACACACACACAAAUAUUUUGACAUGGUUGACAGACAUGAAAAGUGUUACGAUAUUUUGUGUCAUAGCUUCAUAACAUGAAGGUGUAACCUAAAUUGAUCAAAUGUGUUAUGAAGCCAUGUGACUCUCAUCAUGCAAAUAAAAGUUUUGUGUUGAA